AUCAAGUAACAGGCAUUUAACAAUGCAGAUUCUAUCCACUAUAGCAGAAAAUACAUCGAUUUCGUGGCCAGGGUAUUUGAAACUACACUAUGUCAAUGAAUAUGUCAAUGGGUGGAUAUUUGUUUACGGUGCAUGACUAAACAGUCCAAUCGAACAGCACCCACACAAAGUGUACGUGGUGUAACAGGUGGAGAAUAUACCGACUGGCGUCUGUAAAUUACUUGAAGUGUCAACUGUAUCCGGCACUGGGUAGGUGUGUGGAAACAAGUGUCUGUGUACUCCACGACGUUCGUAGUGAUACACCGCUGCGAACUCGAAACAUAUUCGUGUACGAUGUACUCCACAAAAAGAAUCGCAUGUUGGUUGUCCAUAUUGUCUCUGUGUUUACUGUUUGCCUCGGUUUUUUUUGGAAAUAGUACACACGUUGUGAGAAAGGGUUUUGUAUAUCGGCAUUAUUAUGAUAAAGAACCGGACUCCUUGGUAAUAUAUGAUAAAGCACAAAAAGUUGAUAAUUGGAUGACAGGCGAGCUUCAAGUAGACAACCCUGGUCAAUGUCCGAGAAGAGGGGAUAUUUUAGACUGGACAUUGAAAUGUAAAUACAAGUGUAAAGCGAUAGACAUGACCACUGCAAGACCCCAGCGUGUCCAGCUAGUGCCCGUGUGUGACCUCAAGAGAGGCUAUCUUGUCAAGGAGGUGACAUACACUACUGAUAGCGUUCCAGUGCUCCAGUUCAAACAUCAGUGCGUUCAAUCCUUUUUACACCAUAAUUGUUCCAGCAAACUACCCGUACCCAACGUCAUUCAUUACGUUUGGUAUGGUAUGCGGCCCAUGAGGUUUUACCAUUUUCUGAGUGUUUACAGCUCCUUCAAGAUACAGAAACCAUGUGUGAUAUUCAUACACGGAGAUUUUAUGCCAACGGGGGAAUAUUGGAAUUUUCUCCUUACAGUUGUGCCAAAUAUUAUCUUUUUACAACAAGUCCCUCCAGUGAAGAUAGCAGAUAGGACAAUUUUACACAUCGAACACAAAGCUGAUAUUACAAGACUUAUGGUGCUCAAAGAGUAUGGUGGUAUAUACAUGGACACGGAUGAGGUACUGCUACGAACGCUGGAUCCACUAAGACGUCAUAAUUUUACUUUAAGUAAAGCUUUCGAUUUCAACCUCAGCAAUGGUUUGAUACUCUCUGCUACAAACGCGGAAUUUCUACAUGUCUGGAUUAAAGCAUAUGACACGUACGAUCCUAAAAAGUGGGGCUUUCAUUCAACAAUUAUGCCUUAUAAAUUAUCCAAAAUCCAUCCGCGUUUGAUUCAUGUUGAAAACAAAACGUUUGUUCGCCCGGAUGCCGUGCAUACAAAGGAUUUAUUCCAGAACAAUUUCGACUGGUCCAAGAAUUACGCUAUACACCUUUUCAUGCGUUAUUUUAAGCAGGAAUACAGUGUGAUGUCAAUAAGGACAAUGAACUGUACUAUUGGUACAGUUGCUCGAUUCGUCUUAUUUGGGCAUAAGGAAUUGUGUAUCGAAUAAAGCGCCAUAUUAAACAAGGUUUGUAUAAAAGUGAUACUUAGUCUAUGUAUUAUGUGAAAAAAUAACUGUACACAUAAAUAUAUUCUUGUAUUGACUUUUAACAGAUAACUUUAAAGUUUAUUUUGCAGGUGAUACAACCGUAUGUUAAUGUUUUGUUACAUGUGUUAUACUAAUUAUCUGCAAAAGGGUAUUCGGCGAUGAAACGACACUAAUCAGUGGUUAGUGACCCUGAUUUAUGCAACAAUGAGACCUGAACGUGCAUUUGUAAUGUUCCAUCAAACCAUAUCUCUUCCUGAACCCCUCGCGUUUUGCAAAUGCAAACAUUAGAAUGACACGGUAUGAUUUUCACGUAAUGUCACCAGGGUAUGAUAUACACUGUGACAGCGACACGUUGGUGAAUUACCAUAAUGCACCACAGGACAAAUAUGUGUUAAUUACUGAAAUAGACAUUACAUUUCCAUGGUUAUAAGAUUACGUAUAAUCAGUAUAUGGCUGUUCACUGCAUUAUAUAGUGGAUAUGAUUCCUACAGUUUUUAGUUGAAGAUCUUUUAUUUUGUUAUAUUGACUCGUUGCAACUAUUUUUAUAAAGCGUAUGCCAAAAUCACCUUGAUGACGUCUUUCCAAUAACAACGUCAUGAUAUUCUCAAAAUGCAGUAAUUUAGUCCAUACAUUUAUUAUACGUUUGACAUUGUUUAAUGAUUAAGACAGUAUUUCUACCUAUUUUCUUAAGGUUGGUAAGUAUGGAUUAUGAAAAGUUCUUUUUACACAACCAAUACGAUUGUAUAUGAAAAGCUU